UACUUCCAUUAUUGGAACGAAGAAAGAGAAAUACAAGGGCCACAAAGGAUAAGAAUUUGAGGAGGAUAGAAAAAUCAAUUUUGUCAUCUUUGUUUGUCGUUCCAAUUAUAUGGCUAAGGUUCAUCCACAUGUCAUUCAUCCAUUCGUCUAACCUAGAUCUCCUCUCUCUCCUGAUCAGAUUAUUGAUUGACUCGUACUCAUCUUCUUCCGUUCCUCCUAAAUCUUCUUUUCCCACCCAAAACAAGAAACAUUACUAUAACCAACAAACAAGAAAAAAAGAAAGAGCGAAAAGAAAAAGAGGAUGGGAAGAGGUUUAAUGGCAGCAGCAAAGCUAUGUGACUCGUGCAAAUCAGCAACAGCCACAAUAUUCUGCCGUGCGGAUGCAGCUUAUUUGUGCACAUCUUGCGAUGCAAAAGUGCACGCAGCUAAUAAACUAGCAUCAAAACACGGCCGUGUUUGGGUUUGUGAAGUUUGUGAAAAUGCUCCUGCUACUGUUACUUGUAAAGCUGAUGCUGCUCAUCUUUGUGCUACUUGUGACCAUGAUAUUCACUCUGCUAAUCCUCUUGCUCAAAGACAUGACCGUGUCCCUCUUUCACCUUUCUAUGACCCAUCAGAUCAUCAUUCCUCUGAUGCUGAUGAAGCUGCUGCUAAAUCUGCUGCCAUUAAUAAGUUAUUUGGUGAUGAUUAUUAUUCUGAUGCUGAUGAAGCUGAAGCUGCCUCAUGGCUUGUUCUUAAUGCCAACAAACAAGAUGAUCAGCCUAAGUCAAUUGAUUAUCUCUUUUCUGGAGGUGGUAAUGAUGGUCAUGAUGAUAUGGACCCGUAUUUGGAUUUUGAUUUUGGAGUUGAGACUAAACCUGAAACGGAUCUUAGUUCUGAUGGAGUUGUUCCAGAUCCGGAUCAGAAAGUUCACACUCAGAUGAUUCAGCAUCAACCUUCAAUGUUUGCGCUUUCUACUUUUAAUCCUCAUUUCAAUAAUAAUCAUUUUGAUGGCUUUGAGAAUACUUCUGCUGCAUGCAAAUCUUUUCCACUCUCUUCUUACACUACUCAGCCGUCUCUCAGCCACAGUAUGUCUUCAUCAUCAAUGGAUUUUGGAGUAGUGCCAGAUGCUGGAGCCAUGGCGGAUGUAGCGUCUACUGGAUUCGACAAACAGCAACAAAUGAAGAUGAUAGGGAUGGACAGAGAAGCAAGAGUGUUAAGGUAUAGAGAGAAAAGAAAGAACCGCAAGUUUGAAAAAACAAUCCGUUACGCUUCUAGGAAAGCCUAUGCUGAGACUAGGCCUCGCAUUAAGGGCCGAUUUGCCAAGCGUACCGACGUUGACGCCACCUCCUCCGUUGACAGCCUUUUCAACUCCGACUCGGGUUAUGGAGUCGUACCAACGUUUUAAUUAUAAUCGUUAUGCUAAUUAUGAUAAUGAACUGAAGAAGAUUAUAUAUUAAUUCAUGUUUAAACCUAUAAACUUGUACUAUAUGUUUUUUGUUUUCAGUUUGUUUAGAGGUAAUCAGGUAAGUAAGCUAAGUAGUGUUUUGAUGUUGGUUAUUCGGUCUUAAAAAUGGUGAUGGUGAUGAUGAUGAUCAAAGCUUUGUUGAGAUUCUCUGAGCCGGUGAUUCAGUUGUACUAAUUAUAUCGUUCAACAUCUUGUGUGUAGGGAUAUUAAUUGUACCCAGUUUUCUUAUUAAUUGUGAAGUAGUAGCAAUUUUUAGCUUUUA